UCUCGGGAUCGAAUAAAAGACCGCAGCUUUGGUUUCAAAAGUUACAGUUGCACAUAGCAAAGAUCCAAGCACAAUCGAAGCAAUCUAUCCACGAAAUCACUUACCCGAAGUAUCUGCAAGAUGCGUCUUAUCCUUCUGUCCAUCGUUGGCCUCCUGUGCCUGGCCUAUGCCCUCGCCUUGAAUGAGUAUGGAGCUGAUCUCGAGGAUCUGGCCAAUCUAGGAGCAGAACAUGCCGAAAGCGGAGUCCGAGAGGCUCGCGGUUAUGGUCAUGGGAACUACGGACAUGGCAACUACGGACAUGGCAACUACGGACAUGGUCAUCACGGUGGUGGUGGUCAUGGACAUGGACAUUAUGGUCGCUAGUGUGUUUUUAUACAUAUUUAAACUAACCCUGAUGACAACCCAUAUAUUUCAAAUAAAAUGU